AUGCAUGCGGGUGAUAGUGGUGAGACUAGGGAUAAUGUGCGUGUAGUUCAUGAUGUUGAUGAGGGUGAUCAGUUAGAGGACAUGUUGCAUGCGGUUGAGGAUCAACUUGAUGACAACCCUUCAAUGCUUGAGAGCUUGUUAAGUGACUCUGAAAAGCCAUUGUAUGAAGGAUGCACCAAGUACACACGAUUAUCUGCUAUUCUUAAGUUAUAUAACUUGAAGGCGGGUCAUGGUUGGACUGACACUAGUUUUAACAUGCUUCCCAAAGAUAAUGUUCUUCCUGAUAGUACAUAUGAGGCAAAAAAGUCACUAAGCCCAAUGGGUUUACCUUAUGAGAAAAUCCAUGUAUGCCCUAAUGAUUGUGUAUUGUAUCGAAAUCAAUACGAAUCAUUAGAGAGUUAUCCAAUUUGUGAAGCUUCACGGUACAAGAAAAGGGAAGGAGCAGUACCAGCGAAGGUUUUAUGGUAUUUCACUAUAGUACCAAGGUUCAAACGAUGGUUUUCAAAAGCAGAAGAUGCAAAGAAGUUGACAUGGCAUUUCGAUAGUCGAGUUGACGAUGGAAUGCUUAGACAUCCAGCUGACUCUCCGCAGUGGAGAUUUAUUGAUGGAAAAUUCCCUGACUUUGCCCAAGAAAAACGUAAUUUACGCCUUGCGUUGUCUACGGAUGGGUUCAAUCCAUUCGGUUCCUUGAGUAGCACAUAUAGCACAUGGCCAGUUAUGCUAGUGACCUACAACUUACCUCCUUCAUUGUGCAUGAAGAGAAGGUAUAUGUUCUUGUCGUUGUUAAUUCAAGGUCCAAAGCAACCGGGCAAUGACAUCGAUGUGUAUUUGACUCCACUUAUUGAUGAUUUGAUUAUGCUUUGGGAAGAAGGUGUUGAAGUGUUUGAUGCUUAUUGCAAUGAGAAUUUUAAUUUGAAAGCAAUGCUAUUUUGCACUAUCCAAGAUUUUCCGGCGUAUGGCAACCUUUCGGGGUACACUGUGAAGGGGAAAACAGCUUGUCCCAUCGGUAUGGAAGAUUGCAAGGGAACAUGGUUAAAUGCAUCUAAAAAGCAUGUCUAUCCGGUUCAUCGCCAGUUUUUGCCGCCUAAUCAUCCAUAUCGUAGGAGAAAGAAUGUGUUCAAUGGGCAGCAAGAGUUUAAAGGGCGAUCAAAAGUCAUCUUAGGUGAAGAGAUAUUCGAUAAGGUGAAAAAUAUUGACAUCACAUUUGGCAAGAAACAUAAAUCGGCCCUUUCUACGCAGGGGUAUAAAAAGUGUUCGGUUCUUUGGCGGCUUCUUUAUUGGAAACAUCUUUUUGUGAGACAUUUACUUGAUGUUAUGCAUAUUGAGAAGAAUGUGUGUGAUAGUUUGUUUGGUACCUUAUUGAAUAUCAAUGGUAAGACUAAAGAUGGAAAAAAAGCGAGGGAUGACUUGAAGGAUAUGGGGAUUAGAGGUGAACUCCAUGCUGUUGAUAAUGAUAAAGGUCGAACAUACUUGCCUCCUGCUGCUUACACUUUGUCAAGAAAAGAGAAAAUCGAAUUUUUUGAAAGCUUGGCAGGAGUGAAAGUGCCCGAGGGUUAUUCUUCUAAUAUUCGCAACCUUGUGAAUAUGGAAACCUUGAAACUUGUAGGCCUAAAGUCACAUGAUUGCCAUGUUUUGAUGCAACAGUUAUUACCUGUGGCGAUUCGCUCAAUUUUGCCUAAAGAUGUUCGAUUUGCAAUUAUCAUACUAUGUGGAUUUUUUCAUGCGAUUUAUAGCAAAGUCAUUGAUCCUAAAGAGUUGACUACUUUGGAGAAUGAAAUUGUUUUAGUUUUGUGUCAAUUAGAGAUGUACUUCCCUCCAUCAUUUUUUGAUGUUAUGCGGAUAGGGCUUCCUGUAUCUCGUCAUAGUGGAAGAAUGGAUGGUGAGGGGACCAUAGGUCGAAAACAGUGUGACUUGUCUUAUGAUGAUUGGCAUAAGGCGCAUUCAUACAUUCUUCAUAAUGAGGAUGAAGUUAUGCCAUAUGUGGAGCAACACAUGAGUUACUUGAGGAAGUGCAACAGAAAGGCAAAUGAGAAAUCAUUAGCUGCCGAACAUAGCAAAUAA